AUGAGCGCUGAACUAGAAGCCGAGAGACAAGAGUACGAGAAUCAGCUCGAACUCGUCGUCACAUCGCUCAAAGAUGAUCCCGAUAACGCCGAACUCCAGACCCUCAAGGGUGACCUUGAGGGCAUGAUCCAGAUGAUCAAUGAUUCCAUCGCUGAGUUGAAGCCUAAAUCCGCGCCCGCGCCGCCGAAGCGACAGCCCUCCCCACCGCCAGCGCCAAAGGAGAAGUGGUCGCGAGAGAACCACCCAGCCUUCAAGAAAGCCGGCCCCGAAGCGGCCGAGGAGAAGGAGUCGGACGUCGUUGUAAACUACCAAGUCAACGACACAGUGAUGGCCAAAUGGGCGACAGGCGACAAGGGCUUCUACCCGGCGAGAAUCACGUCAGUUACCGGCUCCAAGACCGCGCCGAUUUACACUGUCAAGUUCAAGAGCUAUGAUACGGUUGAGACGUUGAGAGCGAAGGAUAUAAAGCCCAUGCCUGCCCAGAAGCGCAAGGCUGACGGGAUCAGCACAGCGCCUACAGCUGGCCCGUCUUCUUCAUCAUCUACCCCAGCCUACGGUUCGGGUUCUGCGACGCCAACAGUGAACAAUGGGAUCGUCAAGUCUGCUCCUGCUGACAUGUACCCCCAGGCGCAGGCCGCGGCGGAGAACAACCCAGACGAGAAGCCGAAACCGAAGUUCAAGAAGAUAAAGGCGACGAAGGAGCUGGAGGCGGGGAAGAAUAAGUGGCAGGAGUUUACUCAAAAGGGAAAGUUUGGGAAGGCUGCGAAGAAGGAGAGCAUGUUCCGCACGCCGGAGGGUGUCAAGGGGAGAGGUAUUCGGGUUUACUGGCUCUGGCCAGACCAUGCGCAAAGACCCUACCCGCAGUCGGCACAUCUACCAACCCAACGAAGAUUUGGAUUGAGCAUUCUUCAAAAGAGUCUUGGACUAACUCGGGUUGUUUUCUACUUUCAGAACCUUUUCCGGCCCCCCAUGGGAGACUAUUCAUUCUCGUCCCGGCGUUCAUAG